AUGGCUGUCUCCCCUUCUGCGACGGUUCCGAAUACACCAGAUCAGGAUAGAUUGAACAGCAUCAAUAACACAAAUGGGAGAAGACAAUUGGGUGGAGCAUGCAAUUAUACGGAAUUGAAUUUCGGAACAAAAUGUGGAUGUUAUGAGUUCUGGGGUCAAUCUCAAAAACCGAUAGACAGGGUAACAUUCGAGGAUGGAAAGUUGCCUCGAGCUGAAGUCUGCGCGUGCGGGCAUCAUCUCUGCUUUCAUGGUCGUAAUAUUUCCCAGCCGACCGAGGACCAACGAUCGCGAGCUUUAAGUAAAGUCUCGGGGCUUAAUAUGGAUUCUAUUGCUCGUAUGGCUCAAGUGGACCAUUGGCCAUCCACUCCACAAAACUUCAACAUACCUGGAAAGGACAACCCGGAUGUAGCUCGCCACAGUAAGGACUCGAACUUCCGAGAAACUCUUCAAUGGAGCCGACUUGUACAGUCUGAAAUCAACCCAGAAAAGAUACCGCCUAUUCCCUCGCAGUGCUUCUUACCCUCAGAGACUGCCUCGAGGACCUCGAGUCAAGCCAGGCGGCCUUUUAAUGGCUUGGGGCUCAAUACCUUGAGUCAUAUUCCCCGACUCAAUACGCAAGUACAAGCUGUACAAGCAGGUAAGGAACGACUCAUGCAGACCUAUAAAACCUUUGAUGGUCGGUCAUUUCUUGAAAGCCCUACGGAGGUAAUGACAGCGACACCAAGUCUGCAAGCAGCCCAGGAUUUUGCGUUUCAUGGCAUUCCGGAUGAGCUAGCUAUGAAUAAAACGCUAGCAAAUAUUAAUAUCAAAGCACAAACUGCUACUCUACCUUUACGCUCCAAUAGGUCACCCUCUUUCCAGGCUUCCCAAAAUAUACAUGCACUAGAUGUCCAAGAUAAUCUUCUUAUGGAUAUGGACGAGCCCGAUGAUCGUCUUGUUCCUAGACUUCGUGAGAUUGCUACAGAUUAUCCAAACAUCAAGCGCAACCAUGAGGAUAGAAUCGAUGCCCUCGAGAAUGCAUCUUUCUCAAACACUGGAUUUGAGGAGCUUCAAACGAACAUAGAUAAUUUUGGUGAUCGUGUCUAUGAGCUUGAGAAUAGAGUAGAAGAGAUCGAAAAGGCUAAUGCUGCAGCUGACGAGAGCAGUAUAGGUACUAACAGAAACCUGAAUGAGUCGUUUGAUUCUCAGGCAACCAAGACUUCCCCUGCUCUCGAAGCGAAUGCUAUCGACCGCUCUGAUCUCGCCUCUCGCGUGGAAAGUCUUGAAAAUAGACUCACUCAAAUACAAGCCGUACUUCCACCAUCAUGGACACGGCCGUGGGAGAUAGAGGUCGUGUUCCUACCAUACGGGCCUCAAAUGAUGGGAAUUUGGUCGACAAGUCACUCUAUGUCUCAACGCUCAAGGGUCAAUAGUUGCGCAUCUGAAGAUUGGACGCAAACCCAACAAAAUGUAUUGGCUGCUGCGCAAGCCUCCCUUUCCGAUCAAGAUUAUUCUAUGUCCUGGGAGAGGAUGAUGAUGAAGGGCAAUGCUGACGAUCGUGUUCAAUUGAUGCCCAGAGCGUGUAGCGCCACCAGUAAGGUCAAUGAGAGAUUGAAGAGCCGGGGCUUAGUGAAGGUUGUACAGAUUAAAGGUCCAGAUGCUCGAGACGUGCAAGUAGCCCUCAUGUCAGCCUUCGGAGAUCUUCCCAAACAGUUAUCCGAGGAUGUCUUUUCAGCGUCCAUGCAUUCUCCACUUCAAAUCCCCAAAUAUAUGGACAACUAUCUUGGACUACGCGCUGCUUGGAUACCACUGAGGAAAUUACAUAAAACCUCAACCUUGCGGUUUCUAGACCCUUCAGAGAUGGUUACCCCCGCAUUAUGGACUGUACCAUUUCUCUCUUCGAGUGUGGCGAUGCGCACGAAAAGUAUGCGAAGGCUUUAUGUGACACAAGCAGACAGCUAUCUUCAACAUCGUGGCGAUGGCGCAUCAAGAUGGACUUGGCAUAAGCUACGUCAGCUACCUCGAUUCCAUGAUGUAGAUGUAGUAGAUAGCCACACGCCCGAGGCUGAUGCCGCAGAAACCUGUUGGGAAUGGGAUGAACGCCUCGACCCGGCUGAAGAUACCAGCUCAUUCGCUUCAUUUUCGAGUAUUCGACUUUCCCAAGAGAUCGAGGAUAUUGAAAUUGAACCCACUUCUCCAUCAGACCAAUUCUCCGAAUCUUCCACUCCACCUUCGGUCGCAAUUUCUAGGGUACAAGCAUCGUCUCCUGUCAAACAAGACCGGCAUUCAUUCAAGCCGCUUCGUACUGCCUCCAUGUCCGCACUUGUCCCACUUACCACAUCCCAAAUGAGUAAACGCCGUAUUGCCUCCUUCGAUCGCGAUCGUGAACCACAUUCGUCGCCCGUGCGGAAGGUUUCGAACCUGAAGCGCCGUCGUACCUCGAAAUCACCUAGUCGUCCACGUGAAGACUGGAGUAUUGGUCCUCCUAGUCCGAUGAUAUCUACAAUGCAAAAGAUCGCAGACCACAAAAGAGGCGUCACCCCAUCCGCAUACGCUACACCUCAUAGUAAUGCUCCCUAUACAGUUGGUAUGUCUUACCGCACAAAAGAUUCUACGAUGCAAGAGGAUGAUGUUGAGAGCGCGACCUAUGAUACCAAUAUGGACGAAGAUUAUGAUCACAAUGCAUUGAGCGACUAUGCACAAUUUGAUGACGAUGGUGCAUCUGAACAGGACCUGCACCCUUACGAUGUAUGGGAGGUUAUGGCUGAUGAUGUUCCUCAGCACGAUCCGCAGCCAACAAUCAAAAUUAAUGUGGCUGACCUUGGCCCACGGGAGCCGGAGAUUGAUGAAGGAGAUGAAAGUGAUAAUAGUGAUACACCAUCCGAAUACCCAAGCACACAACCAUAUGGGAAAUAUGUCAAAGGUGGCCUUUUCUCGAUACAUGUUGAUGAGGAUUUUGAGGAUGAACUUGGUUAA